AUGAUUAUAAACUUGAAGAAGAGAUCAAGAAGAACGCCAUUAGUUAUGUUCUUGCUAGUACUUGAAGUUCUUCUCAUGUCAUCCUUCAAAGCCAAAGCCAAGUGCAAAAGUGGGUGCAAACUUGCCUUAGCCUCAUAUUAUGUUUGGGAAGGUUCCAAUUUGACAUAUAUAAGUGCCAUAUUUGGCAAAGAAAUCUCUGAAAUCCUCAAGCACAACCCAAACGUGGCCAACAAAGAUAGCAUCCUCACCGGCGAGCGCGUCAAUGUGCCCUUCUCUUGUGAGUGCUUGAAUAGUGAUUUUCUAGGCCAUACUUUCAUUUACAAGGCCGAGUUUGGGGACACCUAUGAUAAGAUUGCCAAUACUGUUUUUGCUAAUCUCACCACCGAGGAUUGGGUCCACAGAGUGAACACUUACAAGCCCACUAGGAUACCAACAGGCUCCCCAAUCAAUGUCACGGUCAACUGCUCAUGCGGCGAUGUACAUGUGUCGAAGGAUUUCGGGCUGUUUGCGACGUACCCUCUCCGUCCGGCCGAAAACCUGUCCUCCGUGGCAGAGGCGGCGGGUGUGUCGUCCGGGCUGCUGGAGAAGUACAACCCGGGGUACAAUUUUAGUGCAGGGACUGGAAUUGUGUUUGUGCCUGCAAAAGAUGAACGAGGAGAGUUUCCACCACUCAAAUCAGGAGCAGGUAUUACACGUGGAGCAAUUGCCGGUAUUAUAGUUGCAGCCGUUGCUGGGGCUUCAAUUUUGGCAUUUGGUUUCUACUUUGGGCUUUACAGAAAAAAGAAGUUGGCAGAGGCUACUCUGCUCCCGGCUGCAUCUGAUCAUGACCAGUAUCUUCAACAAGCUCAAUCUUCUCGAAGUACUUCGGAGCAAACUAGUACUAGUACAGGUAUUACUGUGGACAAAUCAGUGGAGUUCUCAUAUGAAGAGCUUGCCAAGGCUACUAAUGACUUUGACAAUGCUAAUAAGAUUGGCCAAGGUGGUUUUGGAUCUGUUUACUAUGCAGAGCUCCGGGGUGAGAAAGCAGCAAUAAAGAAAAUGGAUAUGCAGGCAUCAAAAGAGUUUCUUGCUGAACUGAAUGUUCUAACUCAUGUUCAUCAUCUGAACCUGGUCCGGUUGAUAGGUUACUGUGUUGAGGGGUCCUUGUUCCUGGUUUACGAGUACAUCGAAAAUGGAAAUUUGGGUCAGCAUUUGAGAGGUUCAGGUGAAGGGAUGGAUCCAUUUCCAUGGCCUACUCGGGUGCAGAUAGCCUUGGAUUCAGCUCGAGGACUUGAGUACAUCCAUGAACACACAGUUCCUGUUUAUAUCCACCGCGAUAUCAAGUCUGCGAACAUCUUAAUAGACAAAAAUUUCCGCGGAAAGGUUGCAGAUUUUGGGCUAACAAAACUGACUGAAUACGGGAGUAAUUCAUUGCAUACGCGUCUCGUUGGUACAUUCGGAUAUAUGCCUCCAGAGUAUGCUCAAUAUGGUGAUGUCUCCCCAAAAGUAGAUGUUUAUGCUUUUGGAGUUGUCCUUUAUGAACUUAUAUCUGCCAUGGAAGCUGUGGUCAAGACAAAUACAUCUGUUACUAGUGAAUCCAAGGGCCUUGUUGCUUUGUUUGAAGAUGUUCUUGGUCAGCCUGAUCCCAGGGAAGAUCUCGCCAAAAUAGUUGACCCUAGGCUAGGCAAGGACUACCCGGUUGAGUCGGUCUACAAGAUGGCACAACUUGCCAAAGCUUGCACGCAAGAGAGUCCUCAACUAAGGCCAAGCAUGAGAUCCAUUGUGGUUGCACUAAUGACACUUUCAUCCACGACUGAGGACUGGGAUGUCGGUUCUUUAUAUGACAACCAAGCUUUGGUCAAUCUUAUGUCUGGGAGGUAG